GCYGUUUGAUUUCACCCAAAGAAGGCACAACAUGCAUGUUAUGUAUUUCCACCUAAAAAAACAUGUUUUGUGGAUGUGAUCGCGUAUCAAUAUAGYGACAUUGCAUGUUUAUAUGGUUAUGUAUACUUUCAAGGCCAAAACAGUUWCAUAAACUUUGCUAGAUGUAGAGAAAACAUGGAAAAUCGUCCGUAGCUUUGAGUUUGGCCAUCAACAUGGACGUCACAAGUAGUGUCUUCACAGUGACAAGAAAAACGGACAAGAUCUUCAACAGGAAUCCUACGUUACCAAGAAUGCGACACAAGUCAAAGCUAGUCGUCCUUGUAGCGGUCCUUUUUGCGUUUUUCUUGGCAUUUGUUUGUUCUCAGUUAUGGACGCGAGUCCGUGCCAAUAAUGACAGUGAUACUCGGUUGUACCCAGCCAAACCAGAGUWCUUAGAGACAAUCUUCGUCCAAAAAACUCAACCAUCUCCUCAAAAAACAAACACAAAAUGUCGUAUGUUUUCUUGUUUCAAUAUUUAUCGGUGCAAAUACAACGAGAACAGUCUUAUUAGUGUGUAUGUUUAUCCCUACACUGAGUUUAUUGACAGUACAGGAAACAAGGUUAUUCUGMAUCCUGUUUCACAGCAAUACCAUGAACUUAUGAAUGCAAUAAGACAAAGUAGUUAUUAUACAGAUGAUAGAGAUAAUGCUUGUGUUGUUGUACCACCAAUUGAUACCUUGAAUCAAAAUGGGCUUGAUCUAGAUACAGUAUCCAAGGCUCUUGCUAGCCUACCAACCUGGAAUAAAUCUGAAAGGAAUCAUUUGGUAUUCAAUAUGCUUCCUGGAGGCCCCCCUGAUUUUAACCCAUCACUGGACCUUCCACUUGGAAAAGCUAUCCUGGCAGGGGGAGGCAUGUCUACAGUGACCUUCAGACCUAGUUUUGAUAUUAGUAUUCCUGUCUUCAAUGCAUUAACCAACAUACCUUCAAAGGUAAAAGAGAARAGACAGGCAAAAUGGCUGAUGAUUUCAAGUCAAGUAAAUUACUUCACUGAAUACAGAGAAGAUUUGUAUCAACUUGAAAGAGACAAUCAAGACAUGUUGGUACUAAAUCGCUGUACAAACAGUGAACAUGAUAACCCUUUAUAUAGAUGUAAAGAYAGUACAGUUUACAAGUACCCUGAUAUACUGGAGAGUGGUACAUUCUGUGUGGUAAUCAGAGGUGUCCGUCUUGGACAGACAGCUCUGAUGGAUKCUUUAAUGAUGGGUUGUAUUCCUAUUGUUAUCAGUAACAACUAUGUUCUUCCAUUCUCAGAGGUUUUGGACUGGAAGAGAGCUGUGAUCAGGUUAUCAGAGGAUGAAAUAUCAAGAAUACCAAGUAUCUUGAAACAAACUUCAAACAAUCAGAUAGAGGACAUGAAACGGCAGGGUCAAUUUUUGUGGACCAAUUACUUCAGCUCAAUGAGUAAAAUAGGUUUGACAACUCUAAAAGUGAUUAAUGACAGAAUUUAUAAACACAGAGCAUGGAAGUACGAAGACUGGAAUGCUCCAUUUGCUACAAACAAUGGUGGUCUUACAUCUACAGUUCUAUCACCCUUGUUUCUACCUCUUAUACCACCAAGAUCACAGGGCUUCACAGCAGUUGUCUUGUCUUAUGACCGUGUUGACAUGAUGUUCAAAGUAUUAAAAAAGAUAGACCAGACUCCAAGCUUGGUUAAGAUAGUCGUAGUAUGGAAUAAUGUCAAGAAGGCACCCCCAUCAGUUGCAAAAUGGCCAAAGUUGUCAAAACCAGUUAAAGUUAUACAGACAAAGAAAAAUCGCCUGAGUAACAGAUUUUAUCCAUACAGUGAGAUCGAAACAGAAGCCAUUCUUGCCAUUGAUGACGAUAUCCUAAUGUUAUCUAAUGAUGAACUUCAAUUUGGUUAUGAAGCAUGGAGGGAGUUUCCAGAUCGUCUUGUUGGAUUUCCUGGUCGUAUUCAUGUAAUGGGUAAUAACAGUCAGUUUAAAUAUGAUUCUGAGUGGACUAAUGAUGUAUCCAUGGUGUUAACUGGUGCAGCAUUUCACCAUAAGUAUUUUAGUCAUCUGUUCACAUACAUGAUGCCUUAUCAUAUUCGGUCAUGGGUGGACUCACAUAUGAAUUGUGAAGACAUUGCAAUGAAUUUUAUGGUUGCUAACUAUACUGGCAAAGCUCCAAUCAAGGUAACAUCACGUAAGAGGUUCAGRUGUCAUAAUUGUACYAGUGACUCACUCUGGGCAAAUCCCAAACACUUUGUAGAGAGAUCAUCAUGUUUGAAUGAGUUUGUGAGAGCCUAUGGUGGACAAAUACCUCUAAAAACUGUAGAGUUUCGUGCUGACCCAYUGUUGUUUAGAGAAAAUGUCCCUGCCAGAAUCAAAAAGUUCAAUAACAUUGGUACAGUGUGAUGUUUCUCGAAAUUAAUCCUUAUAUGGCCAUACCUGAUGUGAUGUCACAAAAACUGCUUCUUUAUAUGGUCAUACCAGAACUGUUUCCUUAUAUGGGCAUACCUAUUGUGCAGAUGUCCUUAUUUGGCAAUGUACUUCAAAUGUUAUAGUUACUGUUUCCUUUGAUGAUCACAUUUAUAAACACCUGUCUGUGUUUAUUUAUGUCUCCUGUGUUUUUAUGUUAAUGUUUUUGCGGCAUUACUGUACAUAAGACUAAAGAUUUUUAUAGAUAUUUUAAUAAAAGUUUAGUUGGUUUAUAUAAUAAAAUUAUAUGAUAGUCAUAA